AUGCUUCACACAGACUUCGACCUGAGUUGUAUCUUAAUUAACGAAGUCGAAUCCUACGGCCGGACGAGAGCGGUUGACAGUCAUGCUGAGCAAACCAUAUGGGUGAAGGACGUUCCAAAGAAUACAUCGGUCCCAAAAACCGUUGGAAAGUACAAGUACAAAGGCAUCCGUCCAGUCACAUUGCAAGAGAAAGAUGGCCAGCGGCUUGUCAUCGGUACUUUUACAUGCGACAUCUUGGUGACUAGUUGUAUCCGUCUUGACCCAGGUGGGAAAUCAGCUGUAUCAGUGGGAGGUGAUACCCGCAACUUUGUCAUUCCUGAAAAAGAAUCACCAAAGAUCCGUAUUUUCAUUGACUCUGAGCGGAUUAGGCAAUGCAAGAGGCUAAUGAAGGGAUCACCUUCAAAGGCCACAUUCAACAAGGAUGUAGAGUGUCUGCGACAGGUCAGGACAAAGUUCGAUCGGCUCGACACAUUCGAUCUCUCUCGAUGUUCAGGGCCAAUGACAAACUCAAUACUGUAUCAACCCUACACCAUCUUCACCAUCGUCAAUUCUGGGAGUGGCCGUGGAGGAGCAUUCGCUGCCGGGUUCAUCUUCCACCAAGUCGGACAGGCAGUGAUAAAAAAGAAGAAAAAAGCAGUCCUUACCAGAAGCGAUGUUUUAUUCAGUCUCACUCAUUGUAGUUCCUCUCAAGACUUUCGAGCGCCCCUCGAGGCAAUCCUAGGUUUGUUUUCAGAAUCCCAAAAAAAGAUUUCAGUGAUUGGAAAUGCAGAGCUGAACGUGCAACUACAAAAACUGGCAGCAUCUUUGUCAAGCAAGAUCUCGGAGGAGAACAGAAAGAUUGGCGCUGGCAUUGUACGGCUAUUGACAAAUUGA